CCUGUAGCUACAUUUUCCCACUUUUUUUAAUUUGUUCUUUUCUUUGUAACAGUUCUCCUCUAACCUUCUGUUAUAUUAAGUGGGUUUCCAUGUGGUUGGUUCAAUCUCUUGGGUCCUCAUAUUAUUGAGUGUAAAGCUUUUGUUUUUUCCUUUACUCAAUGCUCAUUCUAUAGUGGGUUUCUUAGGUAUUUAAGAUCUGGGUUGUGCUUAUAUUUGUGUUUUCAUACACCCUUUUUUUUUUUUUUUUACUUCUUGUAGUGUAAGUGGGUGUUGAAGUUUUUGUUUCCUAGUGAGUUUUAGAGAGAGAAAGUUGUAGAAAGAAAGAGAAAGAAAGCGAGAGAGAGAGAGAGAGAGAGAUCAAUGGCUGGAGGAGGAGGUGAUGGUGGUGGUGGAGGAGGAGGAGGAAAAUCUUCUGAGCCAGCGCCACACCCACCAAAGGAUCAGCUACCCAACAUUGCUUACUGCAUUACAAGCCCACCGCCAUGGCCCGAGGCCAUCCUUCUUGGGUUUCAACACUAUCUUGUGAUGCUUGGCACAACAGUUCUCAUCCCCACUGCUCUGGUUCCCCAAAUGGGAGGUGGAAAUGAGGAGAAGGCCGAGGUGAUCCAGACCCUUCUUUUUGUUGCUGGUUUGAACACGUUGCUGCAGUCAUUGUUUGGGAGUCGACUGCCUGCUGUCAUUGGAGGGUCAUAUACCUUUGUCCCUGCCACAAUUUCAAUUAUCCUUGCUGGUCGAUUCAGUGAUGGCACCGGCAACCCUGUGGAGAAAUUUAAGAGGACAAUGCGGGCAAUCCAGGGUUCUCUUAUUGUUGCUUCAACUCUUCAGAUUGUCUUAGGAUUCAGUGGCCUUUGGCGCAACGUUACAAGGUUUCUAAGUCCACUUUCUGCUGUACCUUUGGUAGCAUUAGUUGGAUUUGGGCUUUACGAGUUAGGUUUUCCUGGGGUUGCCAAAUGCGUGGAGAUUGGGCUGCCAGAGCUCGUUCUUUUAAUUUUUAUCUCACAGUAUUUGCCCCAUGUGAUACAUUUAGGAAGACAUCUCUUUGACCGUUUUGCAGUCAUUUUCUCAGUAGUGAUUGUUUGGAUCUAUGCUCACCUACUUACUGUAGGCGGGGCAUAUAAUGGUGCAUCACCAAAAACACAAAAUACCUGUCGUACUGAUCGUGCUGGACUUAUAGAUGGUGCUCCAUGGAUAAGAGUUCCAUAUCCCUUUCAAUGGGGAACUCCUUCAUUUGAUGCUGGUGAAGCCUUUGCAAUGAUGAUGACUUCUUUUGUUGCUCUUGUAGAGUCCACUGGUGCUUUCUAUGCGGUCGCAAGGUAUGCAAGUGCAACUCCAUUGCCACCUUCCAUUCUCAGCCGUGGAGUUGGCUGGCAGGGAGUUGGCAUUCUGUUAUCUGGGUUAUUUGGAACUGUGAAUGGAUCCUCUGUAUCUGUAGAGAAUGCUGGUCUCUUGGCCUUGACUCGUGUUGGCAGUCGAAGGGUAGUGCAAAUAUCAGCUGGAUUUAUGAUUUUCUUUUCCAUUCUUGGAAAAUUUGGAGCCGUCUUCGCUUCAAUCCCAGCGCCAAUUGUUGCUGCCCUGUACUGUCUUUUCUUUGCUUAUGUGGGUUCUGUUGGUCUUAGUUUUCUUCAGUUCUGCAACCUAAACAGCUUCAGAACAAAGUUCAUCUUAGGCUUUUCUAUCUUCGUGGGCUUGUCAGUGCCACAGUACUUCAACGAGUAUACAGUAAUCAAGGGUUAUGGUCCUGUCCAUACAGGAGCAAGAUGGUUCAACGAUAUCAUAAACGUCCCGUUUUCAUCAGAACCUUUCGUUGCUGGCUUGGUGGCAUAUUUCCUGGACAACACAAUGCAUCGAGACCCUACAAUCAGGAAAGACAGAGGUAAACAUUGGUGGGACAAGUUCCGGUCUUUCAAGGGUGACACAAGGAGUGAAGAAUUUUAUUCCCUGCCCUUCAAUCUAAACAAGUAUUUCCCAUCUGUCUGAUAUUAUAAGGUUCUCUAUAAGAUAUUGCUCUGUUGAAGGUUCAAAGGCUCUUUGCAGGAUCAUGUUAUAAAUCAUUGUUGUCUCUAUUACUUGUGAAUCUUAUUACAGGCUACAUCAGUAUAAGAUUGUCUCUUCCUUUAUAGAAUGCCUUAGAACAUUUAUUUAAUUGUUUUCUUUGUUGUAAAUCCAAUGGCAGAACUGGAUUUAAAUUUUAAACUACUAAUGAAGCAGUUUUAUGUCUCUUCA